CAGCCAAAGUGAACAAUCAACAACUGCCACCACACGUUUUCUUUUCGAUUCACCUUCGCCCAAUCAUUGUUCCAUCUUGACACUUCUGUUUGUGCUCAUCUCAUCACUCAUCACUCAUCACUCAUCACACCACUUUCAUUCUCCCCUCCUUUUUCUCUUUCUUUUUUCUUUUUCCUUUGCAAAACAACAACAAUGCUCGCUCAACGACGCUUGGUGGCUACAGCGCAGUUUAUGGUCAAGACCUCUCCUUUGGGAACUGGAGCGCAGCAGCCAUUGAGGCGCCCCUAUUCUGCCUCCACCCCUACCUCUAUCUUUGGCUCGACCUUUCACUCAGCCCCUGCACAGUCAACUUGGAUGCGGUCCUUGCUUCAGACUCGAUCAAUCUCGACGCCCCGAUCAAAUGGAUCAACAGUUUUAGCUUCACCGAAACCUUUUGUAACAACAACAAAAGCAGGGACAGCAGUAUCGCCAUCAUUAGUAGCAACUGCAAAAGCAUUCACCGCGCAACGAUCAAAUGGAACAUCAUCACCAUCGUCCUCUUCUUCAUCAUUCUUCUUUACAAGGAAAUACACUUCUCCUUCUUCUUCAUCUCCUUCGCCCUCAAACAUGGCAGUCGCAACUGCUACAGCCACUACCAAUGCAGCAUCAUCUACAGUCGUAUCAAAAACUUUAAAGAAGCCGUUGUCAUUUCAUGAAGAGAUGACUAAAGACCGUUUUAGCUUUAAUUGGUGGAAGGAAUGGACCAUUAUCAUGGGUGUCUUUGCUGUUACGGGCAGCUCCACAGUUAUAGUUGUCAGACCACUUCUCAAUGAUGUGUUCAAGCUGAAGGGUUCGAUGAGAGAAGGUCCUUGGUCCUUCAGGAUUGCCUAUCUCUCCACCACUUUGCCUCUUUACAGUUGUGUUCUUCUUACAAUUGCAUCUCUUGUUGGUCGUCGUCCUUAUUUCAAAAUGGUGGUAAUGAGAAUGUGGGGGCGUUUUUUGCCAAAGAAGGUUAUCCAGCGCUUUCAAUAACUAAUCACAUACCUUGGCAUACACGAUGCAGUGACAAAAUAACCAGCAUUAAGC